GCGGGUACAAACUCUUACUUUCAAGGCGUUGAAGACCAAGAUUUUUGCAGGUGUUAGAACGAAUAUGGCCCAAUCAACUAAAGAAGCUGACGUGUCCUGACAGAACAACGGACGGAAUGAUUGAUGGAUUGGUCGAGCGCUUUCCUAGUCUAACCUCCCUGCGAUUCCGAGAAGGAUCUAUGAUAUGUGAAUUUUUUCCUCUUCAACCUUUUCUUUCUUCUAGAUGCUUCUGUUUACAUUCACUGCUUUAUCCCUCAUUCCGCUCAUUAACAUUUUCUUAUUUAUUUUAUUGCCUUUUUUUCCCAAUAAUAUAUCUUUGUACCAAUCUGAUCACCUUGCGCUUGAUUUGCGCUGACGCUUAUAAUCCUUGCUACUUCCUAGGCCCGAGCUAUGAAGCUCCAUUUCUUAAACACGGCUUAACUAUUUUUCUUCUGCCACAUACUUUUCAUUUGUUAGCGCUUUACAAAUUUUCGAUGCACAGUGGCAAGGAAGAAACUGCGACGGUGCCAAAACCCCAUUAUCAUAAGAAUACACUGAUCUACCAGCUAAAAGUAAAGAAGCCGAAAGUCCAAACACAUACAAAUGCUGAGAAACGACCUGAUGAAAUUUAGUUCAGAAUGAUUCAAACAUCAGGCUUUUGGACGCUCGUGGUAAAAGAGAAACCGACGUUAUGGAUGUGCGUUCUAAGAGGGCUUAAGAUGGUUCCCAGCCUAGGAAAGACCACCAAACAAACCAGACCAAAGCGAGGCUAGAUGAGCGGAUCUGAGCCAGUAGAUGUUAGCCUCGCCUGAUAGUGUCUAAAAGGCUGUUUAGUUAAUCAAAUUUACAAAUCGAAAUA